AUGGCCACCGCUGCAAUUGAGCCCGUUCUGAAGGGCGCUGCCUCAAGCAACUCUCGAGGCCUGCUCCGUGUUACCAUUCUGGUGCUCAUCGCCGCUGCUGCUGUUUCCAGUCGACUCUUUAGCGUGAUAAGAUUUGAGAGUAUAAUACACGAGUUCGACCCUUGGUUCAAUUUCAGAGCAACUAAAUAUCUUGUGAAGCAUGGCUUUUACCGCUUCUGGGACUGGUUCGAUGACCGGACAUGGCACCCCCUUGGGCGUGUUACUGGUGGUACUUUAUACCCUGGUUUAAUGGUUACCAGCGGUGUCAUAUAUCAUAUUCUUCGAUUCCUCUCGAUUCCAGUUGAUAUCCGAAACAUCUGCGUGAUGCUUGCUCCCGGCUUCUCUGGCUUGACGGCCAUAGCCAUGUAUCUUCUUACUUGCGAAAUGUCUCCGUCACCAUCAGCUGGGCUUCUUGCUGCAGCUUUCAUGGGUAUUGUCCCAGGUUACAUUUCUCGCUCCGUCGCUGGUAGUUACGACAAUGAAGCUAUUGCGAUCUUCCUUCUCGUCUUUACAUUUUUCCUCUGGAUUAAGGCAGUGAAGAACGGAUCAAUUAUGUGGGGUGUACUGACGGCUUUAUUUUAUGGAUACAUGGUAUCUGCCUGGGGCGGAUAUGUCUUCAUUACUAAUUUGAUUCCCCUUCACGUCUUUGUACUUAUAUGUAUGGGCCGAUACAGUUCGCGCCUUUAUAUCAGCUACACCACCUGGUAUGCGCUGGGGACUUUAGCCAGCAUGCAAAUCCCCUUUGUCGGAUUCCUGCCUAUUCGAAGCAGUGAUCACAUGUCGGCAUUAGGAAUCUUCGGCCUCAUCCAGGUGGUGGCAUUUGUGGAGUUCCUUCGUAGCCAGGUACCAGGGAAACAAUUCCAAACCCUACUAACGAGCUUGGUAUUGCUCAUCUUCGGCGUUUCCUUCCUUGGCCUUGUCCUUCUCACCGUCUCGGGUGUCAUCGCCCCCUGGAGUGGCCGGUUCUACUCUCUGUGGGAUACCGGCUAUGCUAAAAUCCAUAUCCCGAUUAUUGCUUCCGUUUCUGAGCAUCAGCCAACAGCUUGGCCUGCAUUCUUCUUCGACCUUAACAUGUUAAUCUGGCUCUUCCCGGCCGGUGUAUAUUUGUGCUUCCGCAAACUAAAGGACGAGCACGUGUUCGUUAUUAUCUAUGCCGUCCUCGCGAGCUACUUCGCCGGUGUAAUGGUGCGAUUGAUGCUUACCCUCACACCCAUUGUCUGCGUAGCAGCCGCAAUGGUUCUGUCGCACAUCCUGGAUACCUACCUCCUUACCUCUCCACCAGAGCCGGAUGACAGCGACAAGCCAUCCCAAGGCGGUCUCCUUUCUGCACGGAAGCAGGUUGUGGGCAUUUACUCCAAGCUUUCAAAGGGAUUGAUAUCUACAUCCGUCGUUGUCUACCUUCUCUUGUUUGUGGCUCAUUGUACUUGGGUGACGUCAAACGCAUACUCAUCCCCCUCUGUUGUUCUGGCAAGUAAAUUACUAGACGGAAGUCAAUUCAUCAUUGACGACUUCCGUGAAGCCUACUACUGGCUACGCCAAAAUACUCCCGAGAACGCUAAGAUCAUGUCGUGGUGGGAUUAUGGUUAUCAGAUUGGCGGCAUGGCUGAUCGCCCUACUCUUGUCGAUAACAACACAUGGAAUAACACCCAUAUUGCAACUGUCGGCAAAGCAAUGAGCUCGCGCGAGGAAGUCAGCUAUCCCAUCCUCCGGCAACACGAUGUUGAUUACGUGUUGAUCGUCUUUGGCGGAUUGCUGGGAUACUCUGGCGAUGAUCUCAAUAAGUUCCUAUGGAUGGUUCGUAUUGCCGAAGGCAUUUGGCCAGAUGAAGUGAAGGAACGUGAUUUCUUCACUGCCAGAGGCGAAUACCGCGUCGAUGAAGAAGCGACCCCAACCAUGCGGAACAGUCUAAUGUAUAAAAUGUCCUAUUACAACUUCAACGCCCUCUUCCCUGGUGGCGAAGCGGCAGAUCGUGUGCGUGGUGUGCGUCUUCCAGCUCAAGGGCCCCAGUUGACUACGCUCGACGAAGCUUUCACCAGCGAAAACUGGAUCAUCAGAAUUUACAAGGUCAAGGACCUUGAUAACGUUGGGCGAGACCAUAAUAGUGCCGCCGCGUUCGACAAGGGCCACAAGAAGAAGAAAGCAUUGAAGAAGCGAGGGCCAAGGGUUUUGAGAACCGAAUAG